CGGGGUUGCUGCAUGACUUGAAAAUGCUGCAGCAUCCGGCCGUCUCUCCUCCUCCUCCUCCUCCUCUUCGUCUCUCCAUCUCAUGCACACCGGCUGUUUCCUCCCCCCUCUCCUCUCUCUCUCAGUCUGUGUGCUGUAGCCCUGCUGUGCGAUCCUCUCAGCCCUCUGUUGUAGCACCAAAGGGAGGACACACACUCUCACACAGAGAGACACACACACACACUCUGACAUCUCACAUAAUCUCUUCUGGACACUCACCGUAAAGCAGCAGCCAGCAGCCAGGCCCGAUCGGAGACAGGGGAGCCCAGCCGUCUCGUCGCCCAACAUGGAUGUACUGAUGAAGGGGUUCUCCAUGGCCAAGGAGGGGGUAGUGGCCGCUGCAGAGAAGACCAAAGCAGGCAUGGAGGAGGCGGCAGCCAAGACCAAGGAAGGGGUGAUGUAUGUAGGCAAUAAGACGAAGGAGGGAGUUGUGUCAUCAGUAAACACAGUGGCCAACAGAACCGUGGAUCAGGCCAACAUUGUUGGAGACGCCACGGUUGCCGGGGCCAACGAGGUGUCACAGGCGACCGUGGAGGGAGUCGAGAACGUUGCCGCGUCGACCGGACUGAUGAGCCAGGAGGAGCCUGUAUACGAGGGAGAGUACGGAGGAAUGGAGCAGGGCGGCGAAGGAGGAGAGGGGUAUUAGACGUCUUCCACCCCCCCGUCCUCCCCGGCAGCCUCUCUCUCCCCCCCCACCUCUGCCUCGCUGUACCAGAAUCCAGAUGUUCAGCAUAUUUUUUGUGACUUUAUGGAACCAAAAUCAACUAAAAACAGACUCUUCCAGAGGCUGCACCUCCUCAGCCCCUCCCCUCUCUCUCCCCCACUUACCCCCCCACUACCCCACUCUCUCUCUCUCCUCACCCCUUUCUGCCUCUCACUCUCCCCUCGAUGCCACUUUUUGCUCUCACCCCCACUUUUUCCUCCCUCCUUGAAUUUCCUGCAGCCUGUAGCUUCUUUCUUCCACUGCCUCCCCCUUCCUCCCACACCUCCCCUGCCUCCCCCGUGUGUUAGUGUCGUCCUGAUAUGAGCCCUCUCGUUGUUGCCACCCCCCUCGCCUGACCGACCCAUAGGGAAAACACACAAACACACACACACACACACACACACACACACACACACACACACACACACACACACACACACACACAGACAGACAGACACACACAAACACGACAACAUAAAAAGAGACACACCUUCAUCAGGCACAUCAGUGGAAACACUCACAUACAGUUAACACACACAUACACACACGCACACACACACACACACACACGCACACACACGCACACACACGCACACACACGCACACACACACACACACACAAAUGGGCAAAUGGGUGGCACAAAUAGGUGUGUGAGUAUAGUAAAGUGUGGUGUGUGUGUGACUGAGGCAGGGCAUGAGAGGGUGUGUGAGCUGCAGUCGAUGUGUGUGUCCGUGUUACAAGCUUGUGUGUGCAUGUGUAGCUGCUGGUGUAUUAGAUAAACCUCCAGAGGCCUGCGCAGGGAAACUUUGUGCAUCGAAGACGGAUAUCGUUGUGUUUGUCGUGUGUUAGUAGUUAGUUCCAGUAGACUGCAUGAACAGAUGUGUAGGACGAGUCGUCACUCGUCACGUGUUCCGCUAGAGAGUAGCAGCUGUCCUGUCCUAGCUUUGUAUGGCUUCAGUGUGUCGUUUCGUCUCAGCGUUUUAGGGCUGAAGUAAAACACUCGUGUGUUCAUAUGGCAGGCUGUUUGGACAUCUGCGCCUGUCGUUUUGUUUUUCAGAUGUCUCAAAUUCAGAUUUAUCACAUAAUUGCAACAAAUGAGGCUGUUGAAAUCUGUAACUGUUAAUUCCGGAUAAUAAUAGGUGUUAAAACGGCUUGUCAUAUGCCAUAUGCUCAUUAAUGUCGACUGUUAGAGUGGCAGUGUGAUGUGAUGCAUGAGAGAACAAGAGCAGUUUCUAAUCUUUCUCUGUGAUCUCUGAUAUUUCUGUAGAAGAAAAAAGCAGAAUUAAAGUGGGAAAAAAUGAUCAUAUCAUCUUUAAAUUAACCGAUUAAUUUACUAAAUUAGUUGGAUUUGACUUACAGACAUGCAGAUUCUGAUCAUUAAAUAUUAAUAAUUAAAUGUUUUUAAAGUUACAUCAAGAGCCAAGACAAAAAAAAAAUAUUUCUUUUGUUAAAAAAAGCAAUGCUGCCAAUAAUGUGGACAAUUUUAAGAUGACACACAAGUUAGUAUUUCAGUUUUAACAGACAUCCCAAAGUUUCCAGGAGUAAAUUUGUGCAAAAUUCUAAAUAUUUUCAAAUUGUUGAAUUGUUUUUAUUAACAAUUUAAAGCUACUUAAAGGGAAAUUUAAAUGAAAAAGUCGACUUUAUUUGUGUGAAAUGAUGGAAAACAUCCUCAAAUGAUGGAAUUGGUUAGAGUUUUUAACAAUUUGAAGCUACUUCAAGGGUAAUUAAAAUGAAAAACUGGACUUUAAGGGUUAAAAAUGUUCAAAAAUGCUCAUUCCAGAAGGAAAUAGGAUCACUUCUUGUUCUUUUGUAGUUGCUUUUGUUGUCUUUGUGAAAAUGGUUUGCAUGCCGUGGAGAGAAACAAGCAUUCGGGACGUUAGAGUCAGUUAAAUUCUGUGAUUUAUGCGGCUGAUGGAAAAAGAGCAGAAUGAAGUUUUUAUCAUAGAUCAGCUUUGUGUGUAGUUUGGUGUUUAGCUUGAAUUCUGGGAUGUGUAGUUGUUUUCUAGUCAACUUAUUGCUUCACACUAACUAGUCUGGCUGUUGUGAAACUCCCGCCCAUCGACUGUCUCAGCCAAUCAGACGGCUCCUUUCUUCCAGUCCAUGCCUGCCCAGCAUCGGUGUGUGUAUGUGUGUGUGUGUGUGUGCGUGCACCGUUUGUGUGUGUGUACAUGUGUGUGUUGACACAGAACAGGUUCAGCCAGCAAAGUGUGUGUGUGUGUGUGUGUGUGUGUGUGUGUGUGUGUGUGUGUGCGUGUGCGUGUGCGUGUGCGUGUGCGUGUGCGUGUGCGUGUGCGUGUGUGUGUGUGUGCGGUUGUGUGUGUGUUUGUGUCUAGAGCAGGUUUGUGUGUUUUUACUUUGAAGCCAAUGGAAACUGAUGACUGCAUGUUGCCUUAUCAAGCAAUCUCACAUUCUCACACACACACACACACACACACACACACACACACACACACACACACACACACACACACACACACACACACACACACACACAUGCACAACGCACCUCACCACACACAGCACACUCUGAACAACACACAACCACGAAUCCCACCAUGAAUACACACGGACAUGAAUCACGCACCAUGUUUAAGUUGGCAUCAAAGCAGACUCGCUGAUUUUAUAAACAGUACCAGUGAAAUUAAAGAGGUUUUGUUGAAAUCCA